UGUUGCACGUACUGUAAUUACGUACUGUAAAUGCUGAAAGCAGUUUUAUACCGUACUUCUAUAGACAAAAACAUAAGUGCGUACUUGUUGCUUUGUGAAUUUAUGACGAUUAUUUGAUAUAAAUCUUAAAGCGCUUUUUCAGUUUUCACUGUCCUAAUGUUACAAAGCAUCGUUGCAAUCAAACAUCCAGAAUUUUCGCUGCAUGCAUAAUUAAUACAAACAAAUUUGCAUAUGAGUUUGCGAGACUAGCUUCUGGUUUGAACUUGCUUUUGACCCUGCCUUGGUCAAGUUAUUUCGUCGCUUAUCAUGAAUUUUGAGGAACUAUAAUACAAUGUUGCACAUCGAAUAUGCAAAGGGGGGAUCUGACUGUCGAAAUAUGGCAAAAAGGGAUAUAUGGAACUUUCGUUUCUGAAGUGUCAUCGGGCUUGGGUGGAUUAACACUAACAUGAACCGUCAAAGCUUUAAACUCGACUACGAUCAGCUCAAGCGCGAGAUAAUUUCGCUGGAUCAAAAGAUUGGCCAAGAAGUUAUUGUGCUGUUGGAACAAAAGCAGUCUUUAGACGCCGCCCACAUCGAUGAGACCCGUAAACAACAUCAUCUGCGAGAAGCCAUCCAGAAAAAAUUAUCGGCAAACUCGGAAGACAAAUGGAGUCAACUGCUGACUUCUCUGGAAGUCUCCGAAGAAUUGUUUAAAUUUACCAAGAGCGAACUAUGCGGUCAUUUUAAGAACCGUGAAAACCUGUCGUAUCGCAUAGAUGAUCAACAAAAAAAGCUAGCCGAACUGGAAAAGGAAACAACGGAGAUACGGAAACAGGGUGCAAAGGACACGCAGUCGCAUGAGGUGUCGAUGGAAGAAUUUUACCGAUGUGGCCAAAAUGUUUUGGAAAAGCUAACACAAACUACCCAGACAGCAGGAGAGAAAAACGCGUCUCUAAGAAACGCUGUUGAGCAGCAGCGAACAGAAGAUCUUGCGCUGUAUGAGAAGCUAAAAAAUGAUUGCUGCGUUGCUCGCAUGGAACGACCCCAGCUUCUCGAGCGAAGAACCGCCGUUCUUUUGGAGUCCUCCCGGAUAGAAACGGAGGUUCGGGAUCAAGCCAAAGCGCUAGAGCAGCGCCUCGAUGGCAUUGUAGAGGCAUGUUGUUACAAUCGACAGUGCCAUCAAAAGGAAAUGUCGCAGUCCGAAAUGGCUGCCCGAAAUCAGUUCGACACGCAAAUGUCUUCAGUGCAGGCAGAUUUAAAAAGGUCACUGGAUGAAUGCCGUGAAGCAGAGAACCAGUUCAGAUGUUUGCGAGAACACUAUAAAUCUCUGCAGAAAACUGAGGCCUGUAUAAUGAAUAAUAUUCAUACCAUCGAAGAGCAAAUUCAGGAAGCACAAGGCGCCAGGGAAAAGAACAAAGCGCAACUAGCACAAAAGUUUGCCAAGGAAAUGAAUUACUGCAAAUGCGUGCUGCAGAAUGCCGAAUCAGAUGUCCAUAAUUUGCAAGUGGAAAACACAUCUCUCUGCGAUCGCUUCAGUUUAUUGAAACAAGAGCUAAAGACCAUGGAGGCCAGGUUACCCAAAGUAUAUAAAGACGGCGACGACGCCAAAAAUUUAAUUAAAGAGAUGGAAGACCAAGUUCAACUGGAAAAGACUAAACGACAGAAUGAUAGGUUUCGAAGCCAUGAGGUAUCCAAGUGGAAAUCGAAAUUUCUGCAACCAGGCGGCACCACCCCGCAUAUCCAUUUCGACCGUCUAAGAAAGCAAAUGGGUGAAAUGAGCCGAAAGCUCAACGAUUUGCAGCAGUAUAACUGUGAUUAAAAUGAGCCCUUGGCGCGGCCUUUUGGAGCAGUACGAGUACUUGCAAACGCUUGACCGUUGAAUACGCUGUCGCAACUGAGCACCGUGCAUUACUAGCGCUGUAAAGAGUAUUGGUACUCUAUGGUUUUAAUUGUUUUUGUUUGAGAUAUUCCUCCUGCAUAUAUUGGGACUCAAUUCGGGAGAUCGUAAUCUGCAGCUACCGCUGUUAAAUACUGGUAGCAUUUUACGGAAAUUAUAGAACAAUGCAAGCUUAUUAAAGUUUAACAGGGUAACUAACCACAAAGGUUGGAAUUAAAACGGCAACCAUUUC